AUGAUGUUUCUCAAAGUUCUCUCUCUGCUCUUCGCUUCUCUGGGCUUUGUUUUGAUGGAAGAGAACGUCUCGAGUGUGAGCUUAAGGGCUUCCAGCGCCAGACCUGUGCAGCGACGCUACUCCGAGGCCACGCUGGCGAGCGACUACAGCCGCACGAUGGACACCAUGCUGAAGAAGAACUUUGUGGAGUGGUUGCUAGCCAGGCGGGAGAAGAAAAGCGACAACAUCCUCGAGCCCUCCAAGAGGGAAGCUGAGCCCCAGGGCCCAGCUGCGAGCGGCCAGAGGUGGGACCUGGGCAGUCCGGAGGCAGGAGAGCUCUUCACAUGGUUCCUCAAAGCCAAGAAAAACCAGAGUUUGGCUUCUUCGGAUGUUUGGGAAGGUUUGAAGGAUGUUUUGAACCCGGAGUUUCUGACAUGGCUGAUGUCAACUGAUCUCUGCAGACCAACAGCUGCGUAACCCCAGGACCUGCCUGAGGAGCUCCUUCCCCACCCCACCACGACGCCCGAGGAGGACAUCUCACGCUCCCUCU